AUGAAAUCUGCGGGCGAAAACGCGGGCGGAAACCCAACUUGCCCCCCACAAUACAGUACGAUACACCGCUGUCAAGACAGCUUACUCAAGCGUCUCAACGCGACCUCCGCGCCAACCGCAAUGGGUCGACACGCGAAUCCUGACAUCCGUCGUGCCUUUGUAGAGUUUCAAGAUGCAGAUACGCCCUCGAAGUGUAACAAAGUCAGGUGCCAGCACUGCGGCUUCGUGAGAGCAAAGAACACAACCAGACAGAUUGAACAUCUCCAGGAGUGCCAGGCUUAUCUCAAUUCACCUGACGCGCAGGCACAUCUUCUUGCGACCCAGAGUAGUCAGUCUAUGGCCGAGCCAAAUACUUCACAAGGUCCGAGUGCCAUAUUGAAUGGCCAGCAGCCAAAUCCAAACCUACAGGUAAACCGCCGCGGCCCCAAUACGAAGCGUGCUCGCGACGGCCAACCCAUUGCGCCCCAUCCUAUGCAACAGCACCACCAAGCGCCCUCCCUGACCAACCACCUCCUCACUGUUUGCUCGGGUCCCUUUGCUCAGGCGAUACAACAGCCGUUUCUAUCCCAUGCUGGCUGUGGGUCACUGGCAGCAGGACCGCUGUCUCAAUGGCUGGUGCAGGAUGGGCACUAUGCGAGAGGAUACAUACGUUUUGUGGGCCAGCUGCUGGCGAAGAUUAGAUUGCCGCAGACACAGAACUCGCAGUUCCAUCCCAUGUACAGAACCAUGGACCUGCUCAUCUCGGCGCUGAACAAUAUGCGCCGUGAGAUGCAGUUCUUCGAGAUUACAGCGACCAAGUACGGCCUUGCGCUGAACAACGAGCCGCCUUCACCCAUCACGCGCGCGCUACAAGACCUGUUCGUGAGCGCCAGUAGCUCCAGUGCCUCCCUGCUGGAGGGCAUGGUUGUUCUAUGGGGUACCGAGCACUGCUAUCGCUCUGCCUGGCAGUAUGCCGCGUCCUUCAGCACCUCGCUCUCGACUCCCAGCAACGAAAGCCAUAUCGUCGCCCUCCACCAAGCCUUGAUCCCGAACUGGACAUCGCCAGCCUUCAGCAAGUUUGUCGAUGCUACACGUGCGCUUGUCGAUGAGCUUGCCAACAUCACCACCACUCGCGACGGCAAGGAAGAGAUGCAACGCUGCGAGGAGAUCUUCCGUCAGAUAUGCUGGUUGGAGCAGCGCUUCUGGCCAGAGGUCGAUGGCAUGGGCGAAGAGGGACACAGCGCGCAGCUCGGCCCCGCUCCUACGGGCCCGAUGAACGCAGGUCUUGACAAUAGAAUGAACAACAACACGAUCAACAACAAUCAUAUGAACGGUCAGAACAUGAACAACGGCCCCACAAGCAACAGCCGCAUGAACAGCAGCAGUAUGCAGAACAGUGGCAUGGGCAACAGCGGCAUGACCGGACCUGUAGGCGCGCAGCUGAGCAGACCCAGCAUGACCGCUGCCAUGAUGGGUGCACAGAGCAUGGGCGGGCAGAACAUGGGCGGCCAAGGAAUGAGUGGCUCUGUGAUGAGCGGAGACGACGACACGCCCGGCAACGAUGACGAGUCCACAUCGGAGAACGAGGCCACCCCUCAGACGUCGAGCGCGCAACCAAUCAACGCCCUGGCGAACCUGCCAGAGAUGCCUCGAGGCACAUCCUUCUGCCGGUUUGGGAACCAGCCAUGCAACCACGUCCAUUGCGCAGAACUCGAACGUCUUCACCAAGCGCAGCUGAGCGUGCGGCACAACGGCAUGCAUCACCAGCAGCCCGCGUCCUGA